UGUUGAUCAACACAACCGAUGCCCAGAGCAGAGAAAAUUUCGGCGAACUUCAAGGUCUGUGUAAUUUUGAGGAUGAUGCCUACAAAGGAAAAACGGGAAACAUAAUGCUGAACAGCGCCGGCUUUUUCAAAGAAUGGCUAUUAACAGCCGAAGAGAGCAUGUUCGUGCCCAAAACCAGUCCAACCCAGUACGAAUACAGCGAGGAUGUGUACGAAUGUCAUUGCCCAGCCGAAGGUGAAUUGGAAGAGGACGGCGAAUAUAUUGAGAUACAAACGGAAUACUAUCCAAUAACGACUUUCUUCAACUACAGUGGGUCCGUCAAAUGCGACAAGUCAUCACCCGCAAUGACAUCCUCUGAAAUGGGUGAACCGUGGAUACAGGCCCCGAAACCUGAUCCGAUUUCCCCGGUUGAUGUCGUCCUUCACGUUAUAUACAAACAGCAACAAGAUGGAUCGUACAAGUCGUUUGCAGAAUGCUUGUUUGAAAACAAGAACGAGACGCAGUACUAUGUUGUGGGAUGGUACGCUGAUGCCGUAUCAACCCCGGUAUAUACGACAGGCAUAUCAAAGGCAAACGUUGCCGGUUUCAACGCUGUUUCCGUGUCCAAUCUUGUCGCCGCCUAUCGCGCAAAUCCUACGUUAUCUCAAACAUGUGCCAUUAAUCGCAGGUGGAGAUGUGCAGUUACGGUUGUUGAUGCCACCGGAAAAUCUCUUCUGCCUGCCGUAGCAAGCAAGUAUGAGGACAUCAUCAAGAUUGAAACUAAAUACGUUAAAAUGAACCGAGGAGCCAGUGCGGAAAUCCUCUACACCAUCAACGUUCCUAUCCUGUGUCAACCGGGAACAAAAUGUGGAAUCAACGUAAAAGUCUAUGAUGAAAGUGAUGACUAUAAAUGCGAAAACUCAACGCUGGCCGUGCGGCACAAAAGCAUGUGCGGAGACAUCGUUGCAGGUGAAAAUAAUAUUGCGAGCACCACUGACAGUAUGAACAAGUCGAUAAAGAUUACAACAAAGAACAACAACUGGUUUGAGCUAAAAGACACGUUUACGCUGACCAUGGAGAUAGAAGGCUUUGGAAAGGUGGAUGAAUUCUGGGACAACUGUAAACUUAAUACGAAAAUCAAGGUCGAGGUCGAAGACUUCAAAAACUACUGGAUGCAUAACUACUGUUAUUCAAACAAUGAUCCUCGAAUCGGAACUUUCGACGGGGCCUACUUCAGCUUGAACAAUGCCGGGAACUAUACGCUGUACAAGCACAAAACACUUCCUAUUCGGGUCGAAAUAGAAACCGAGAUAUGCAAUGGAGGAUGGGCGGCAUGUACGUGUGGCGUGACGGUAAAUGCGGGCACGGAUGUGUUCGCCAUCAACCAUUGUGGGGGUUACCACUUGAUCAAGACGAUCCAGAAUACCGAGAAGAUCAUGAGUGUAAGGGAACUACCCGGGUACAUGCAUACAUUCUACCUGCCGCAAGGUACCAUGAUCAACGUGGACUACCACGUGGGCACGUUCUGGAAGACGAUGAACGUUCAGAUCUUCCCGUCGCCCGACGAUAUGAACAACACGGAAGGACUGUGCGGAAACUUCAACAACGACUGGGAGGAUGACUUUACCCACAAGGGCGGAGCUGUAACCUUGCCACAGGGAGAUAGGUACUGGAAUUGGUUCUUCCUCUUCGAAGACCCGGAUGAGUUCAGCGAAUCAUGGAGAGAAGAGACUCCAUUGUUGCAAUUGGCCCAAGAGGGAAAGCUUGAUGACGUGCUGAAUCCAUGGGCCGAUGAUUCCAAGUACUGCGUGUGUCCAUUGGUGGGUGGAUCGCGUCAACCAAUGUGCCACAAGAAGGAAGACAAGCAGUGCACAAACUCAAAGGUCUACGCUGGAAAGGAAAAGAUUUUAAUUGAGGAGACGAAGAGGUCCGUGGAUAGUCAGCAUAUGGAUGACCUUGCGGAACGAUUGGGGAUGUUGGGAAGAAUGAGGGCGAUGAACAAACUUCAGCGAAAAAAGAGGGAAGCUAAAGAGUAUACCGAAGCAGAAAUAGACGAUGCAAAAGCUAAAUGCGAGGCUUACCUAAAAGAUGACUGCAUGGACGGAAUAACAAUACUUGGAAAUAAGACAGAGAAAAGUACUCUGGACUGCGCUAGGGAUCUUGUGCUGAAUCCAAACGCAUCGGAUGCCCAACAAGGCAGCUGUCGUGCAGUGAAGACCACCAUAGUCACCACUUUUGUCAAGGACAUAGAGGCGCAGGAUACAUACAAAGAACAAUUCGCAAAGGUCAAGAAAAUGUGUAUCGACGACUGUAACGGAAAUGGGAAAUGCAAUGACAAAGGAGCCUGCGAGUGCGAUGGUGACUACGACCCGCUGACGAACUGCUCACUGAGCCGCAGUCAGAAACCCACCCUGCAGGGCCUGAGUGGAGGAGGGCUCAAGGACGGCAAGUGUGACCGGAAGGCGGCCGGCUGCAACGCGUUCACCAUUGCCACAAGCGGAUGUACAUCACAGAGUACAUGCAAAGCGAAUGUUACCACGCACUACAGUGAUGAAACAAAAACAGUCACAGAAAAGGAGCAACCCUGUACAUGCGUAAACGGUUUUGAUGUCGAAUAUGACGUCAGUGCCAUAACAGGUGCCCGUCGGCGUCGAUCCAUUGACACCGUGCCUCUUGGAACAACGGUUGGCGUUGCAGUCAGCAAUGACGGUAGCACAUACAGCGAAUCAGCGUCCAACGUUGAUAUAAUUCUGGACAGCACUUGCAUAACAAACGAUGGGACAAAGUUUGUGCUCGCCGCUGGGUACUGUCUCAUUGACGGCGUCUGCUAUGCUGCUGCGGAAACCGAAAAUGAUGGAUGUUAUACCUGUGAUAUGGCCAACAGAUUUGAAUGGACAAUAUCUAGUGAUUACUGUGAGAUCGGUGGUACUUGUUACAAUGAAUCGGAUGCCAAAUCAGCUGCUGAAUCGUGCCUCACGUGUGUGCCAUCAACGAGUCAAACAGAGUUCACCCAGACGGCUGACACCUGUGUCAUCGAUAAUCAAUGUUAUGAUAACAACGGCUUCGAGAUGGGAAUACCCUGUCGGUAUUGCAACACAGACAUGGACAAUACAUCAUGGACAAUGAAGGACGACACGUGCUUUAUUUCGGGUGGUUGCUAUGACGACAAAGCCGACAAUCCAUUGAACGGCUGUCUGUAUUGUGACUCAGAUGAAUCCAUCAGCGACUGGCAGACUCAUGUGAACAAGACAGAAUGCCUAUCCGAAAAAGACGCGGUGUCCGGAGCUGUCAUUGCGGCUGCUGUAAUCGUCCCCAUUCUGGUGUUAGGAGGAAUCGGCGCGGGAAUACUCAUCUACAAGAAAAUGCAGACGAAAAAGAUAAUGGAUGCAAGAAUGAAUGGAGGUUUAUACGACGAAACACCAAAGAACGGCCAUUUUCGCACACGCGUAACGCCCACUCCCUACGACCCAGUGAUACCGGCGAUGCCCUACAAUAUUCCGAAAGAUGAGAUUAACCCGGACAAACUAAACAGUAGACCGGACAAUCUGUACUCCGACGACCAGACUAGCCAGUCGAUUCAAACGCCUAUUCCGUCGCCCGCCCACAAGCUUCCAGCGCCUACCGUGGGAUUCACAUCCACGGCGCAACCGAUGUCAAGCGCCUCGACAGAGAUGGAGAAAUUUCAGGACGCCGGCCACUACAACACAAUGUUGAGCAUUGCCGACGAAACCAACGCUUAACCUGUGAUGAAACUACCAUAUUUGACUGAACAAUGCAUCUACUUUAAGCAUUUUCUUUUCAUUAUUGAUAAGGGAGUGUUUUUUUUCUACUUUUAAGGGUUGAAAAACUCGUAUGUAGAUAAUUUUGAAAUAGUGUUUCUCGUACACUAUUUAAUAAUCAAACUACAUUGAGAAUUAUUCUUUCUCCCAUUUAUCUUUUUGCGAACACUCACCCAGUAACUGUUAGUGUAUUUGUUGUGAUUGCUUAAAAUCAUAUUACUAUUUAUAUCUCAUACUCCAAAGAUAAUUAGAUAAUGAUUCAUACUUUUAAGAUGGCCCAGUUUAAGGUAAUUCAACUGAUUAUUACGUAUCUAAGCACACAUGUAUAAGCUUAAACCAAAGUUUCGUCAUGUUGAAAUUUCAACCAUAAUCUGUCUCACUGAUUUAAUGUAAUAUCUUCCUUCAACUCUUCUAUGCUUUACUCGUUUCUGUAUCGUUUAAAUUGAUAAUCAAACAGGCUGGUCCGGUACUUUUAAGUUUCGUUUUCGAGGAGUGAUGUUCCACAUAUGUUCUUCUUAAGGAAGGACUAGUUUUGAAAUAAAGUCGAUCAACACCUACAUGUAAAUUACAUAGGGGAUCAGAAUAUUUGUUUUAGGAAACAAAGGAGUGUAUCAUUUCUAUAAAGUUGGUGAAAGAAGAUUUACUUUCGAAACGAAAGCCGAUGAAAUAAAUUAGGAAUACGAUAUACUAAAUUUUGUACGACUUCUAUUACUAAUAAAAACUUAGAAUGAGACGUAAUAAGAAAGGCAAAUAACACUUGUAUAAUAUGUGAAGGAUUACAUUUGGACGAACGUCGGUAAUCAAUUCCAUUCGAAUAAAUAAGAAUGCUUUUCUUGGAAAUUCAAGUCGAUUAACACGUUUGAAAAGACGAAAGAUGAAAUGAUAUAUGUUAUAUUAUUAUAUUUGUUUUUCAACAAAUAUUGCUUAACGCUUCAAUAGAAACGUUUCUGGUUAAUGUCCGUACUGGCAAGUUUUAGGAUUUUUUUAAUGAAUUAAACGAAAAAAUAUAUGACUAACCAACCAUACAAACAUUUAAUAAAGGUCAGGAAAACUUAAAACAUUUUCAGUUUUCAUAAUAAAAAACAAACAAAACAAUAACAACACCGCCGCAAGCUUGUACACAAUAUAAGUUGCGCCAUCAAGUGGUUGUGUUAAAAUACACUGUUAAGAAUAACCACCUUUUACAGAUUCUUUUACUCAUUUCGAGUCAAUGCAUAUACGGUAUUUUUAUGUCAGUACUUGAUGUUAUUGAAUACAGACAUCAAGUUCUAGCCAUAAGGCGAAUGAAUUGUAAGUUUUGCUCUGUGAUAGAUUUUUAAUUUUUGUCAUUGUAUCUUUUAUGACGUUUCCGUGCUGUCCAAUAUCAAUAUUUUCAUUAUAAUAAAAUUUUAUUAAAGUUUAUAAACAUGCACGAAGAAAUGCUGACACCGAAAUCAAUAUCAGCAACAUAUUAAACAUACCCACGUACAAUUUUAGCUUUGGGGUCAUAAACAAAAUGUUCAAGAACAACAAAAUAAAAACAAAGUAAUUGAAUUGUUACUGGUAUAUACUUUUUAUUUGCUUUUUUCUAGGGGAGGAUUUAGAAUUACAUGUAUUGUGAUGUAUUUGUUUUUGUGUAUAAUAAGUGUUCUUUACUAUGUAAGCAUUUCUAUGGUAAAAGGAUGACAUAAGUUUAAUGGGACAUAAGGAAGUUUUUUAAAUUUUGAUGUAAAAGCUAAAACGCCGGAAAUGUGUGUUGCUUGCGAAACAGGAUUAAAAAAGAGACAGAAAUAACGAUAAUUUCGUGAUAAACAAAGAAUGUUAAGAGUAAGAAACAGCUAUUGCGCCAGUAAUGAAAUUUAAGUGUUUGAUAGAAUGCAAUGACUCCUAUGCCACUAUAGUUGACAAAAAAACGUAGAUUAAAAUGUGUGUGACCUUCGUUCUUUUAUUCUGCAAUUUUGAUAUAGCAUAUGAUGAUUUUUCACGCAUGAUAGCAUAAUAAAUACUUUAAGUGGAUGGUAUACGUGAAUUUAGAAACAAAUGCGAAUAUGCAAACCAUAUUAAUUUAUUGCAGCCCAUUUGAUUAAUGAGUUAUGUAAAUUAAACAUAGGUAUGUAUAUCGUCGCUCUAUCAUGUUUUACCGAGAAUUUAAUAUUGCCUUCAUACCUUUAGCCUUUGGAUACUCACCUAAUAUAUCAAAUUGUGUUUGUGUGUUAAUGUUUUCUCUCAUUCAUUGUUGUGAUAUUUCCAAGUCCCGCGUAAACACCCACACGUUGUUUUCUAAAUUGUAGCAUGGUAACUAAAAACAACAUGAACAUGUGCAUACAUUUACUUGAAACAAUGUGUAUAUACAAUCUUUAUGGAAACCAAUCGCAUUACUAGAUAUGAUUGUAUUUAUUAUGCUACUUCAUAUGAUACUACAUUGUUUUAUUGGGUUGACUAACUUCUUCUAUAAAUAUUGUUGUACGGAUAAGUGUUUUUAAUUUCUUGAAAACGCAACAUUUUAAUUUGUUUGUAAGCGUAUUUGAAAAGCAGUACUCUGCAGCGGACUUGGAAAUAAAACGACUUCAAAACAAAAUUGUGUAAAUUGUCUGUUACAUUUUCAUAACAUAUCAACCAUCUAUAUUAACUUGAUCACAAUAAAGAUGUUAUGUUAAAACCAAUCAUACACGUGUAACACAAACGAAAAACGACACGUAUACUCGUGUACUAAGUACUAUCUACAGAUGUCGAAUAAAGAACUGUUUUAUAAUU